UUUAUUCGAAUCAACUUUGACGUUACUGGCUAUAUUGUGGGAGCGAACAUAGAAACCUAUUUGCUUGAAAAAUCCCGUGCUGUUCGUCAAGCAAAGGAAGAAAGGGCUUUCCACAUCUUUUACUAUUUACUCCAAGGUGCCAAACCUGCUUGGAAAGAGGAAUUGCUUCUUGAAGGUUUUAGCAAUUACACAUUUAUGUCCCAUGGCUAUGUGCCUAUCCCUUCUCAAGAUGAUGUUGAUAUGUUCCGAGAAACAUUGGAAGCUAUGGAAAUUAUGGGAUUUAAUGAAGAGGAACAAAUAUCCAUGAUGAAGGUGGUAUCCUCAGUAUUACAGCUGGGUAAUAUUGUCUUCAAGAAGGAAAGAAACACAGACCAGGCUUCCAUGCCAGAUGAUACAGCUGCUCAGAAAUGUUGUCACCUUAUGGGAAUCCAAGUGACAGACUUUACAAGAUCUAUUCUUUCCCCUCGCAUCAAGGUUGGAAGGGAUUUUGUGCAAAAAGCUCAAACCAAAGAACAGGCUGACUUUGCAAUUGAAGCUUUAGCCAAAGCCACCUAUGAAAGACUCUUUUUGUGGCUUCUUAAUCGGGUUAAUAAGGCUCUGGAUAAAACCAAGAGACAAGGAGCCUCUUUCUUGGGUAUUCUUGACAUUGCUGGAUUUGAGAUUUUUGAGGUAAGUAAAGUUGUUGGCUGAUAU